UCAGUUGUUGAAUUCUAAACAGCAUCAGUUCUCAUCACUUGCGAACAAAUAGCAAAUCAUUUUUUACUUUUUAAACGGUUGCGAAAAAUUGUUAUAAAAUUUACAACAAUGUUCAAACUGUUCCUAAUUGCAUUGGCUUGGGUAUGUAUGAGUGAAGCUUUUGUACCGAGUCAUCAUUUUACGGCACCUGAGAAUUCAUACGGCAACGUUGCUGGUGAUGGCAAAGCAUCGCAAGGUGAACGUCUGCUUGCAAAUCCGCUGACUCUAUCUAACUCUUUAUACGAUGAAAACUCUGUACUAUCUUCUGCCUCCUCUAAUCUCAAUGAUAAUGCCGGUGCCGGUCUAAGUGGCGGCGUGCGUCAACAGCAAACUGUAUCGACACCGCAAUCAUUAACUCAAUCUGGCGGCUUGUCACGUUCCUCGUAUUUGGUUAGUUCUUCCGCUUCGGCUUCUGCAAGUUCUGGUGCCACUGGUGCUUCCAACUCCGCUUUACCGUCCGCGUCUAGAACUUCAGCGACCGUGCAGCAUCGUUUCUUACCUCCUGAAACCGUGCCUUUAUCUUUGCACGUUGCUUCACGUCCUGGUUUACGUACUGUUCUUGUACCCGAAACUUACACUGUACAACAUCCUACAGUACAUAAAGUUGGUGAAGUUGUUCAAGAUAUACCAACUGCCGUUUCCCAUCAACGCCAAACUGUCGUGCAUAAACAUGCUCGUGUUGUCACCCCAGUAGUAGCUCCCGGUGUUCGCACUCUGACUUCUCAUGUUGUCCGUGCCUACCAUACACCUUUGGUAUUUGGUUCUCAAAAUCCUUCAGUUCAUUACGGCAAACAUUAAAUUGAUGCAGCCGUACUGCGCAUGCACCCAAAAUUUUGAAUUGCAUUUAAUAAAUUUUGUAAUAGCAAAAAAUAAAAUUCUAUCUUUAGUUGUUCUU